UACAAGUGUUUUUAGAAAUUUAGAAGAUGAAUUCCAGUUACCCAAGGGGUGGGCACUUCCAGGAAAUACAAGAUUCGGCAAAAAAGGCAUUAGAAAUAAAAUCAAAACUAAGGUUGUUAGUAUUUUAAAACAACUUUUUCUGAAUAGUAACCUAAACCCCAAGGACAAAUUAACGGCCAAGGAGAUGCACGAGGAAUUAUUAAG